AUGCGUUUCGAUAUUGUCAUCCUCCUCGCUGCGCUGCAGCUCGCCUCUGCCGAGUUGAUCCUCAAGCGAUGCGGUCAGACGUGGCCCGGCAACUGGGUAUCCAACUGCAACCAGAAAGAUCGGGAUGGUUGCUUCGCACUGUGCUCUGGCAAGUGCCGCACUGGAAACUACAGGGCCAUGGCCAAGCCCAAUCAGGACUGUGACUGCUACUGCGCCUAA